UUGUGGCUUUGUCCACGCAAAAAUUCAGUAUAUCAGUUGGCUUCGUUGCACUUUUUUAGUUCAUCCGGUUCAUGCGUUCAUUUCGUCCUCUUCCUUCUUUCUGUUGUGAAUUGCGGUUGAAGGAGUCUACGUGCGGGUUAUGAAUGUUACGAUCAGUUAUCAGUCCAAUCAGUUGACAUUUGUUGGACUCUUCACGAGAAUAAAGGUUCUGUUCUGCACGGCUAUUCUUGGAAAAACACGUUUAAUCCGCAAGUGGGCAAGGCAGCUUUUGUUUUGUUUUGCAGAUUCGGAUGUUCAGCGGUGUCUAUACGCAUACCUAGGUACACGAGCUUGUCAACAGCAAUCAUUUAGAUGCCUGCUUUGAAAUCUACCAAAAUGGUGGUCGAAACAAAUGAAGUCAGUUCCAAAGUUGUAGCUGCAAAUGAAGUACCCUCUAAUGGUGGUAACGAUGCUGAAAGAAAACUUUUAGAAGAGCAACAGGCAACCAAGAAAGUUAAGACAGGCUGGGGCAAAAAAGAAUCUGUCAAAACAAAAGCGACUAAAAAUGAAUCAGUUUGCGAAAUCUGUUUACAAAAAUUGAAUGAUGAAGAUCUAAGAUUGUACAUUGGGCAUCCAAAUGAUGCUGUUGAUGAGUAUUCAGUUUUACUGAAUCCAAAGUUGUGUUUAUUCAAUGGGGAUGAAACUGAUAUUACAGAAGGCGAUGCUCGAGCUCUUAACAAAGUCACUUCAUUUAGUGUAUAUGACAAAAACGGUCACGUAUGCCCAUUUGAUGGCGGUUUGAUUGAACGAAACAUCGAUAUUUAUUUUUCUGGAUAUGUUAAACCUAUCUAUGAAGAUGACUCUUCUAUCGAAGGAGGGAUACCGGGGAAAGAUAUGGGUCCCAUUGUUGAAUGGUGGGUUUCUGGAUUUGAUGGAGGAGAGCAAGCCGUUAUAUCCUUCAGCACAGAAAUUGGAGAUUAUGUCUUAAUGGAGCCUUCAGAAGAGUAUGCUCCAUUUAUGAUUGCAGUAAGGGAAAAAAGUUUUAUGAGCAAAACUGUGAUAGAGUUUCUUUUAGAAGAACAUAAUCUUGAAUACGAAGAUCUGUUGAACAAACUAAAGACUGUUGCCAUGCCAUCAGGCUUGCCUAAGUUCACCGAAGAUAUACUUUUGCACCAUGCUCAGUUUAUUUGUGACCAAAUUCUUUCUUUCGAUUCCUCUGCCACGGGUGAAGACCCUUUGUUAAUUACUUCUCCAUGCAUGCGAACUUUGGUUGAUCUUGCCGGCAUUACUUUUGAAAAGGGAAAAACUGUUAGGAAGGGUAAGAAAUACACUAAUCGGCGACAAGAAGAUGAAUGGAGGAAGGGUUUGAUAAGAAAAGUGCAGAAAGAAAAGAAAACCGCAUUUACAAAAGCUACAACUACCAAACUGGUCAACAAUUUGUUUGAGAAUUUUUUUCCUGAUCAGCUGGCUAAUACUACGGAUAAUUUAGCUUUCAAGCGUCGUCGAUGUGGUGUAUGCGAGCCUUGCCAGCAACCCGAUUGUGGUGAAUGUUUUGCUUGUCAAAGCAUGCUGAAGUUUGGUGGUCCAGGGCGUACUAAACAAGCUUGUGUUAGACGUCGCUGUCCAAACAUGGAAAUACAGGAAGCAAAUGCAGAAGAUGUAGAAGACGACACUGUUUCUGAACCCGAUGCAGAGCUGAGUUUGGAUGCUCAUAAAAAAAUGAGGGGAUCCUUAAAAAGUAGGUCUUGUCGGAUGGAAUGGAUUGGCGAGCCUGUUGGGGUGGAUUCAAAAGGGUGUCGUUUUUAUAGCGCUCUUCAAUUAGAGAACGAAGUCAUCAGUCUAAACGAAUUCAUUUAUAUCGAAUCGAUUGAUCCAUCUGUGCCAUUGCACAUAGUUCAAAUAAAAUACAUGUGGCAGAAUAAAAUAGGUAUUAAAAUGAUUCAUGCCACCUGGUUGUGGAGAGGAAGUCAAACAGUUUUAGGUGAAACGGCAAGUUCAAACGAACUGUUUCUAGUCGAUGACUGUCAAGAUGUACCUGCUUCGUACAUCAAAUGUAAGACUGCAGUAGUUUACAGGAAUAUGCCAGAAAAUUGGAAAUCUGAUGAUAAUGUCGACGCUGAUUUUAGUAUGGAUGAAUCGUCGGAGGAUUGUUCUUCAUUUUAUUAUCAGAAAAUCUAUGAUCCUCUUACUGCCAGAUUUAAAGAUGUCAUGCCAGAUGUUGUUACUGAUUUUGAUACGCUCUAUCGUUAUUGUGCUUCAUGCAAUCGUAGUAGGGAUAUUUCACUAUCAUUAACCAGACCUGAAGUAUAUGAUAAAUUAAAAGAAGUAAGCCGUAACGAAGUCACGUAUGGCAGGUUUAAAUUUAAAGGAGAAGAGUUUAUGGUGGGAAGUUGCGUAUAUCUACUGCCUAAAACAUUUGAUUUUAAGUAUCCGGUCAAGCCAAAAGGCAUUGCUAAAAUUGAAAUGAAAAAAGUGGAUGAAGAUAUGUACCCGGAAUACUUUCGCAAAUGUAACGAUCGCAUCAAGGGAUCUAAUUCCGAUACUCCUGAGCCCUUUGACAUUGGAUACAUUACGAAAAUAUUAUCGACAAGUAAUGUGAUAUUGCUUGCUUGCACUAAUCUGAAUAUAGCAGUUAAAAAAUUAUACCGUCCAGAAAAUACUUGCAAAGGCGAAUCUUUAAAACAACGAUCAGAUUUUAAUGAAGUGUACUGGAGUGAAGAAGAGUAUGUUGUGCCAUUUCAACAAAUAGUUGGGAAAUGCUAUUUGUCCUUCGUGGAAAAUUUAGAUGAACAUGUUAGUGAAUGGACGGUCAAAGGCCCAAACCGCUUUUACUUUUCUCUGAUGUAUGAUGGUAAAAAUGAUGAGUUUGAUGAUCCACCUGUGAAAGCAUGUAGUAUUGGAAAAGUGAGUAAAAAAAGUGAUAAACUGAAAUCCAAGAGUAAAAAACCAGAAAAUCAAAACGUUGUGAUUGAUAGCCCACCAGAGUAUCCAAAGAUUACUACCAAACUAAGAACGCUGGAUGUUUUUGCUGGUUGUGGUGGGCUUUCGGAAGGCCUGCGUCAAGCUGGUGUUACAGAGAACCAUUGGGCCAUUGAAAUUGACGAGUGUGCUGCACAAGCCUACCGACUUAAUAAUCCUAACACGAAAGUUUUCACUGGAGAUUGUAACAAAAUAUUAACGAAAGUAAUACAGGGUGAAACUGUCAGUGAUGGUCAACGCUUGCCAUGUAAAGGCGAAGUUGAUUUACUCUGUGGAGGUCCUCCUUGUCAGGGAUUUAGUGGCAUGAAUAGAUUCAAUUCACGAGCUUAUUCGCUUUUCAAAAACUCUCUUGUAGUAUCGUAUCUCUCAUAUUGUGAUUAUUAUAGACCGCGAUUUUUCAUUAUGGAAAAUGUUAGGAAUUUCGUUACAUUCAGAAAAGGCGUAGUACUUAAACUUACCCUGAGGUGCCUUUUAAAAAUGGGAUACCAAUGUACAUUUGGAAUAGUACAAGCAGGAAGUUAUGGUAUUCCUCAAACGCGUAGAAGAAUGAUUAUUUUAGCAGCUGCACCUGGUGAAGUGCUUCCAAAGUUGCCUAAUCCUCUCCAUGUAUUCAGUAAAUCAGCUUGUAAUUUAAGUGUUGUCAUUGAUGAUAAGAAAUACGAUCCAGCAUACUCUUGGACUGAAUCGGCACCCUAUAGGGUCGUAACUGUCCGGGACGCACUGUCCGAUUUACCUCAAAUUAAAAGUGGCAAAAAUGACGAAGUCAUGAAUUACAUCAGUGAGCCUGUAUCACAUUUUCAAAGACAGAUAAGGAGUGGUAUACACGAAAGUGUACUGAUUGAUCAUAUAUGUAAAGACUUGGGUUUACUCGUAGAAGCACGUAUGGCUCACAUUCCUACAGUGACUGGAUCUGAUUGGCGAGAUUUGCCAAACAUUGUUUUGCCUCUGAUCGACGGAACUCAUACUGUCAAGUUAAAGUAUAAAUAUCAUGAUAAGAAAGUGGGAAAAAGUUCCACGGGAGCUUUUAGAGGUGUGUGCAAUUGUGCCACUGGAAAAGAGUGUAAUCCUCUAGACAGGCAAGACAACACCCUCAUACCAUGGUGUCUACCCCACACAGCUAAUCGACACAAUAACUGGGCAGGUCUAUAUGGCAGAAUCGAAUGGGAUGGUUUUUUCAGUACCACUAUUACAAAUCCUGAACCAAUGGGAAAACAGGGGCGCGUUCUCCACCCCGAACAAACACGAGUCGUGAGCGUGCGUGAAUGUGCUAGAUCUCAAGGAUUUCCAGAUAAUUUUCGAUUUUAUGGAAACGUACAAGAUAAACAUAGACAAGUUGGCAACGCUGUGCCACCACCACUGGCGAAAGCUAUAGGCCUAGAAUUAAGAAAGAGCUUGCAUUUAUCACAAUCGCAUGUUAAAAAUUAACUAUUUUUUAUAUCGACAUUUGUAAAUCAAUCGUUUUAUCAUAAGUACUUUAUUUGAUAUGCAUAUUAAAGUCGUUUCUAAGUGUGUUAAAUGUAUUAAACUUUUUUUUUUUUACUAUUAAAAUGACAAGUAAGGUAACAGUCCACUGUAAAGAAAUUUGUAAGUCCUUGUACAUAACGCCUUAAUUUAAUUAACAUUGUGCACAAUAAAACAGUAUUUUUGAAUACACUUUGUACUUGAAGGAAACAAUGUUUUUAAAGCUUUGUACAAGUUUGAAAUACAAAAGGUAUAUUUCAACAUUGAAAAAAAAAA